AUGUAAGAAGAUUAUUAGAGAGAAUUAGAAAAUUAUACUUAAUUAUGGAAAGUCUAUACUAGAAAUUCUUUAGAAUAGGAUUUUAGAAAUUCACUCUAUUCAACACUAGCUUUGGUGUUUGUACCUUCUCUAGUGAAUGUUUACUAUAUUUUUAGAUAAAGUGUAUUGAAAAAUGCUGUACUUUGAAUAUUUUUAAUAUUAAAGGUUAGAUUUAGUAGCAUAAUCUCUUGUCUAAUGAUUUUUCAUUAUAACCUCAACAAAGACUUUGAGAGAUUUGUUCGGAAGGAUACAAAGGAUAGCAAUCUUGCUAGACUCUAUAUGUAAAAUAUUAGUAAAACCAAUAUAAUUUUUCCUUAUUUUGAAAAAGAAACUAUAGAGAUUGUUAAAUAGAGAGAACAGGGUAAAAAUUAGUAAUGAA